AUGGCUUCUGCACGGAAUGCUCCAAGCUUUAUCAGACUGUCUACAUUCUUAUUUGUGAUUCCAUUUGUUGUUGUUGGAUGCGAAAUUGAGACAAAAGAAGGGGUAAAAAUUGAGAUUAUCAUCCCUCCCCCCACCGACUGCCGCGGGGUCAAGGAGGGAGACUGGGUUCAGGUUUUGUAUAACAUGACGUCAUUAGAAGGAAAACUGAUCGAUUCGACAUAUCGACCGGACGGGAAAAUAAUUGCGGAGGAGUAUUACUUUGCUGUGGGUGUGACAAACGGGGUGACGAUAGGACUGGAAGGGGGCUGUAAGGGAGAGAAAAGACGGCUUACAAUACCAGGAAAACUGAUGAGACAGGUUCUGAACAUGAACUGGGUUCUGUUGAACAAGGAGUAUAUUUAUCUGCAUUGCUCUCUUUAUAUUACUGUUUCAGAUAGUCCUCCACUUCUCUACGAAGCAUUGAUUGUAGACCAUGUCCCUGUACAAGAUAAGCACUGUUUAGUGGAUUUUUGGUCCACCGACUUGAACGCAGACAAAGUGAUCGACCUUGAAGAGGUAGAUGAGGUUCUGUUGAAAGAAGAAUUCCUGAAGUCUGCACAGCUCGAUAUUAACGUAGAAAAUUUGUCAGAUUGGAUUAUGAGUCUAUUUGAUAAAGAUGGCGACAGCACGCUGGAUCGAGAAGAGUACUUCGAUAUGUUGAAAACAAUUCGUCUUGAUGAAAUGGUCAAAGCCAAAGAAGAGAGCUUAAGAAAAGAAAAAGAGUUGGAAGAAAUGUCAAGGAAAAGACGGCGAAGGAAUAGAAUCGAGCUGUAAACAAUUAUCACACAGAAUAAAAAAAAAAUUGGUAAAACU